UAAUGGAGAAAAGGGACUAACUCUGGGAGGGUUAAGGACAGAAACUGCUGAGUCAAAGGUGUGCUUUGAGCUGUGUGGAGCAGGACACAUUUCCCAGCCUGGUUAAGUGAACUGGCUGGGGAGCCUUCCUGUGGACAGGCCCCUGGCUGCAGACACCGUUUUCAACUCCAUGUGGUGCAGGCAUGCUUGGUUAGAUCAGCAGCCUUUGAGGACGUGGUGCGGAAAUCAAUCUCUGUCGCAAGCAGCCCAUAGCUACUACCCUGUUUCCCCGAAAAUAAGACAUCCUCCGAAAAUAAGGCCUACUUACAGUUUUGCCUCUCGUUGUAAUAUAAGGCAUCCCCCCGAUAAUAAGACCUCCCCGAUAAUAAGGCAUCCACCGAUAAUAAGGCAUUUUUCAUUUCUGAAAAAUAAGACAUCCCCUGAAAAUAAGACCUAGCGCAUCUUUGGGAGCAAAAAUUAAUAUAAGACACUGUCUUAUUUUCGGGGAAACAGGGUAACACUUCCAGUGCUGCUAGCACCAGUUCAUUCAAAACAGAGCUAGCAGUGGUGGGAAAUAGGCCAACAAUGUCCCUUGUUUAGACAAGAUUUAAAGUAAAAACUCCAAGGAAUAUAGGGCUGGAUCCUGCUCCCACUGACUCAGUGAGAAUCCUGCCCAUGGCUUCAGGUGGAGUAAUAACAGACCCAUAAAUGGCUGGAAAAUGAUCCCCUAUGCUACUUAACUUUCAAUGGUAGUUUGACUCUAGCAGAUAAUCUCCCUCCUCUGCCCCUUGGCCACUAGCUCAGUGUCUGCUCUGGUGAUGAUCUCUCAAUAUGCGUUUGCCUUCAGAAACUGAAAGAUGAGGGGUAUUGGACACAAUGACAAUCACUGUAGUGUAUGAUAACUCUGAAGCUAUGGAGCUCUGUGCUUCUCAGCAUCUGUAUCUUAAACCAGUAGCAAAACUGACAAUCAAUGUGGUGUUUCCAGAACACACAGAAUCUACCCGAUCUUUCUCUAAGUGGGAAGUGAUGGACAAGCUGAAGAACAUGAUUUGUCCAGACCAAUUCACUACUGUUAGGGUUUCAAAGAGCACUAAGGAUUUCAUUCGAUUUGAGGGAGAGGCAGAAAAUAAAAAGUUGAUCCUCACCCUUAAGGAAAAACUGCAUGGAAAGGUAAUAAAACUGAAUGGUUUUAAAGAUGACUUGAAGGUGAUGGCCACCGAGGCACAAGCUGACUUUCCAACUGCACAAGAGUGGGCAUCUUACCUGAAUAAAAGAGAGAUUACGAAUGAAGAUCUUACUGAGCAAACUGCUGAUAUUCCUGAUUGCAUCUAUUUUGAAGGUUUGCCAUGUAAAUGGUUUGCACUAAAGGGCUCAAAUAGUGAAAAGCCGAGUGAAGAUGUUUUAAGAGUGGUGUUCGAAAGCUUUGGAAAGAUUAAGAACAUAGAUAUCCCUAUGCUUGAUCCUUAUAGAGAAGAAAUGGUGGGAGGAAAUUUAAAUAACUUCCUUUUUGGAGGUCUACAGACAUUUGAAGCUUUUGUCCAGUAUCAAGAGUACACGGCUUUUGUGAAAGCUAUGGAGUCACUUAGGGGAAUGAAGCUGAUGUUUAAAGGGGAUGAUGGAAAAGCUCUGGCAUGUAACAUGAAGGUGACUUUUGAUACAACCAAACAUUUCAGCAAAGGAGCUAUCAAAAAGAGAAGGCUGGAAAGACAAAAGCUGCAAGAGCUAGAGCAAGAAAGAAAAAGGGAAAAAAAGAGAGAGGAAGAGGAGGCUGCAAGAAAAAGACGUGAUGAUGAAAAAAUUGCUCGAGAAAGAAAAAGGAAGGCUAAGCUCAAGAGGAGAGAACCCAGGCAGAUAGAUCGGGAUGAGAAACGCCCAAGAAAGCAGCAGAAGGUAACAGCUGAAGAAGAGCAGAGGCCAGAGAAUAUGCCUGAAUGGGAAGAGAGGAAAUAUCUACUAGCUCAGAGAAGAGUGGAGUCUAUAAGGCUGCUUACAGUGCUGUUAAGCCGAGUAAAAGAUUUUGCACAGUUGACCAGCCAAAAAGUGGAGCCCUUGCUGUACCCUGAAGAGAUAAGAAAGGAUUGCUUUCCUGAGACGGAGUUCCAAAAUGCACAGACAGAGCAGAGAGAAUCCCGUUAUCUUCUACACAAAGAACUGAAGGAUAAGAAAAAAUUUAGCUGUCAGUUCUUCCAAACGGAUAACACCUCUUUUAGUGAGGAAGAGGUGCCAAGUAAUCUACCUGCCUCACCUUGUCAUCUUGUGAGAACGAUCUUAAAUGAUCCAACUGCAGCAGCAAGCACUGGUAAAUUAACUGGCAGGGAUGAGUACAGCUCCCUUGGCUGUGGGUCUUUACAGAUUACAGUUACUCAAGACUGCAAGGUUAUAGAAUCCCUUGAGAGAGAAGACUGUCCUCCUUUGAAGACAGUACACUCUGGAAAAGGGUACUGCAAAAAGCAAAAGAUUUAUGAAACUGACGAGUUUAUACAUUAUUUAUUAAACUAUUAUCAAACUCCAAGCUACGCACGUGUCUGCCUAGAGCCAAAAAGCACCGUUAGCAAGUCUUGGUGGCAGAGGAUAGUGUCUGAUAAUGGGAAUGGCUUUCAGAUCCACUUGAAGAACAAAUAUGGGGGACGCUUUACAGAAGUGAGUUUUGUACAAAACCCCGACAAGGGAAAUUGUAGCGGGGAUGAUAAUUAUAGAUGGGAGAUCACGAUUCGGAAAUCUGAGCCUACAGAGAGUGUGUCAAAAAACAACGCCUAUGCUGGAGGGUUUACAACAAAGUUCCAAGUACAGUGGAAUGACUCACUUGAUAUUGCUAAUUUACCAUAUGCUGAAUUUAAUAAUUCUUCUUUUGGAGGCAUUAAUACUAGUCAGGAUAAAAAAUCCAAAGACGACAAUAACAGAAGAGAAGUUGCCCCAGCAUACACACCCUCAGGCUCUGCAUACAAAUUCAGGGAUUUAAUGGAAGAGAUCAGUAGUGAUUCUGAGUAUUUUAGUGAGGCAAAGAGAACAGAAAGAAGAUAUAAAGAUGUUUACAGUGAUGGCAAUAAAACAUGGUCCCUCCCAAGAGAGAUGGAGAGAAAAUUCCUUGUCUGUGUUAAAAACGUAGGUCAAAAUUGUCCAGAAAAUGAAUCCAGCAAAUGUAGCUUCUGUUCAAAUUCUGCCCCUGGUGGCUUGACAAAGCAGUGUAGACAUAAGCUUAAAAAAUCACACAAGAGAUGCAGUAGUAAAUUGAGUCACGAAGGGCGAAAAAGUGAGUGGAAAUCCAAUGAAGAGGCGAUAAAUACCCCCAAAAAGAAGAAAAAGAGAAAAAAGCCCUCCCCUGACAUUUUACCUGAUGAACAUGGCUUCUCUGAAAUGGAGAGUUGGAGACAGUUGGAAUCUCUAAAAAAGAUACAGAGAAAAUGUAGCAAAAUGUUUCACCAUAAGAUGAAAUUCAAAACCCUUCAUGUGAUGGCAGCAGCAUCAAAAGAGGCCAUCCAUGCUGAUGCCUCUCUGCUUCAAAGAUCUCACCAAAGGGCCGGUGAGGUGGGGGAAGUGAAAUAGAACCAAGACGACACUCCUCAGUUUGACAGGUUUAAGGAUUCUGUGCAGAAUUAUGGUUACUGACACAAUCACUCUGGCAGUCAAGCUCACCUAACGGUUGAAAGUAGUUUAGAAGGCGGAGACGCUGAUUCCUCUGACCCCUAAAGAGCUUGACAGUCGUUUAGUGCAGCAGCACUCUUUGGGGUGGGAGACUGGACCACAGCACCACGCCUGGUCCCUGGAGGAUGCCUGUUUGCAUUUGGGUGGCUGUGAGAGUAUGCUGUAGCUACACCCCUACGCAGCCAGGUUAGAAACGGUCUGGAGAUAUCACCUUUGUCUAGGUGCUGCUUCUCCUGGUGGCAGAAGCCACCGUCAUUCUUAUUUAUCCUGACCUGGGAACCUAAGAAAUCCUGCCACUGAAGUGGAGCAAGAAGAGGCUCCCAAGGACCUGGGCUAAGGUUUAAAUUAAUAAAAGGGGAGAGCAAGGGGAGACCAAUCAGCUCCCCUCCUUCUCUGGUUGGCCAAUGGAUGAGAGCCUCUGGAGGAGGGGUCAUCCUGCAUUCCUCCAGCAUCUGCUCCCCACUGCCUUCUGGGGCUGUCCCAAUCACAGCCAUCAAGUUUCCACCUGUUGAGCUAGGUGAGUUGCAGUCUUCUCAUGGCAGUGAAAGAUUUGCAAAGAACGAUGUAAAAGCUGAAAAGUAGAAUCUUUGACCACCUAACUGGAUGGCAAUGUAUCUAUCUCGAAUACAUGCACACUAGCAAAUCUAUGCCUAUCCUGUUAUGCUUGUUAAGAUUUAUUGGGGAUAAGCAGUGCACACUCACCAGCUCAUCACAUUUUGGAAGGAGAAUAUGUGCAAUUCUGAAGAUCAGUAAAAUAAUGUGGUGGCUAAAACUACAGUUCUAGAGACACAUUACUGUGGGAAAAUUAACUGAGAAAGAACACAGUGUACAGCACAGAUGGGGAUGAACAUACUGUUCAAACUGACUGAGGCACUGUACAUUUGGCCUUCUGAUCUCCCAACAGGAAUGAAAUAAUUCUCCCUUUUGGCUUUCCCCUUUGAAUCUUGAUUCAGUCUAUUAUGCUUUAGCUACAUGGCUGCAUCACUCCAGCAUCUUUUUCUGGGAAAAUCUCCUUCAAAUAACUUGUUUUUCCGCCUUAUCUACAGGAGAUGAGAGGAAAUUAACACUGAGGAAAGAGAUGGAUGCAGAUGUUGGAGGAUGUCCUGUUGAGUUAAUUUAGACAAAUCCAUGCUCUGAUGCUGCCUGUGGAGCAGAACCCAAAAGAGAAUGCUGAAUAGUUGCUAGCUAAUGGCAAUGGGGUCUUGAAGCUGCUCACAAAAGUCCCCCCACCCCCAAAAGGCCUUUUAUAUGGGUCUAAGAAGUGAACUGUAAGGUCAGGUCUUUAGUGCAGUGGUUCCCAAACUUGUUCCGCCACUUGUGCAGGGAAAGGCCCUGGCGGUCCAGGCCGGUUUGUGUACCUGCCGCGUCCACAGGUUUGGCCGAUUGUGGCUCCCAGUGGCCGCGGUUCGCUGCUCCGGGCCAAUGGGAGCUGCUGGAAGCGGUGCGGGCCGAGCCGCCGCUUCCAGCAGCUCCCAUUGGCCCGGAGCAGCGAACCGCGGCCAGCCGAACCUGCGGAUGCAGCAGAUACACAAACUGGCCCGGACUGCCAGGAGCUUUCCCAGCCCAAGCGUCGGAACAAGUUUGGGAACCACUGCUUUAGUGAUUAUAGGCAGUCUAAAAUAGUCUGUUUUGUUUAGACUCCUUUAAUGCAUGCUGGAGUGGUAGGACAGUGAAACAAUCUAGUUAGUACAAGCUACAAAAAUAGAAUCUGUAUGGAUUUGGCAUUGAUAUGAAAAAAGACCAAAAAGUUACCCAAGUGCAUGACACAAGCUAUUGUGAACCAAUUGCUGAGAGUUUUGAAGCUUAAUGGGUUGAAACCUCUGAGUGACCACCCAGCUAAGUCCAGGGGAGCCAUAAAACAUUUGCAUUCUGUUAUCUAGUAAUUAUUAUACAGUUGAAUUGAUUGUGCAUAAAACCACUUAUACAUAGAUGGGAUAAAUCUUUAAGUAACCAUAUAUUCAGAGUGGCUCCUCAGUCAUAUUGUUAAUAUGAUGGGAUGGCAAGAGGGUGGGGUAUGGCAACCUUGCAAUUCAGUUGUCAGAAAAAAAUAGAAAAAGGAAAAAAAGGUGAAAACUUGCAGUGAGUUUCUAAAUUAGAGAAAACACACCCUAGUACAUGUUAACCUUCUCCGAGCAGCUACACUGGGAAAGUUCCUCAGCAUUCUGUUAAAAUUCUAGGAAUGAGCCAGAAAACUUGACAUUUUCUUGGGCUGAUCUAAAUCAUUACACUGCCACUAGAUUUAGCAUUCCUGAGAUGGUGAGUGAGGAUAUUCCAAACAAAGCUCUAAAUGCUGAACAAUGAAAGGGGAUUAUUUCAGCAUGUUGACCAUCAGCAUGAAAGGUUACCUUCAAUACAGGGUGAAAAUUGUUUUCAGGAUUUCUAAAACGGGCCUUUCUGGAGGCACAAGCACUGAGACAGCUACUUAGUUCAAGGUAGUUUACAGAUAAUUCCCAGAGAAGACUUCAUUUUCAAAAUGUUGCUAACUUUUAUAAAUCUCUGCUGCAUGGAGACAUAAUGUGAAAAUGCAUACUAGAAGCUUGGACUAAUAUCUACAUAUAUUCAGUUCUCUCUAUUUAGAAGAUAGCCACAGCUGCUCUUGGACAAAGUCCCUCAUGAAGAUGUAGAUGGAAAUGGAACAGAUUCUGGUCUGAAUUUAGACCAACAUACUUACUGUUUCAAGUUUCAUUUUAGUAUGUUUUAUUUAUUACAUGUCAAGAUACUAAAUGUGAUGUAGCUCCCUUCAUUACAUAGCAUAUCAUUCAUGUUUGUAACCUCUGCUCUAAUAAAGUAGUAGUAAAAAUGUUUGCAGUUAUCAUUCAUGUUAUGUUGUGUUUCCCACCGCAUCGUUCAAUAAUGGUGACUUCUACAGCCUUCUAAGCCAGGUUUUACCCCCGUCUAUUCUUAUUGUUAAAAACACGUUCAUAUGUUGAGUGCCUUUUUCAGGUUCCCAGUAAUCAAUGACAAAUGGUUGCUACUCAAAGUACUGUUAUGUAUGACACCUUUUUGUUUGAAGACAGCUUCUUGCUGAGAAUAUUGUCUAUAUACUUUGGAAAACUUAUGCCCCCUGUCUGUCUUGCUUUUUAUAUAGUUGUAAUGAAGACCAACUAUUGCAAUUGUUUACCAUGUAAAUAUCUCUGUUCCACUAUGGUGACAUAAGUGUUUUUCCUUGAUGCAAUAUUUACAGCCACAAAAAGCAAACUUUUCUCCCACUGAUCCCGAAAUGGCUAUUUAUGUGCAUAGGCUUAUGCACAUUGCAUUAUAUAAUUCACACACUUACAGGUAAGGAAGUGACUUUAUCUAGAACUGGAACUAAAUAUUUCUGUAAUUUUCUGAUGGUUUUGCACCAGGCUGUCAUCCCACUUAAAAGCAAAUAAAUAUACUGAUUCUUUACUUGCUUCUUGCACCACCUUGAUUCAUUUACAAACAAGCAAAUCCUGAAUUUGAAAUUUUCAGUUUAGAUAAUAAAACACAAAUAAAGUGAAUAAAAUGUAAUAUGUGCACUUUAAAAUGAAAAAUGCCAAUCUGAUUGGUUUUACUUCAUCAUAUUAAGAUAUGAAAUAACUUGAUAUGAUUUCAGCAAACUCUUUCCUUAGUAGUUUAUAGAUUGCAUUCUUUAGAUCCUACCCCCCCCCCCUUUUUUUUUUUUUAAUUAAUUUCCUUACCUUUCUUCCCAGACACACACACUACCUGAGCCCCUGUAGUUCCAUAUUUUGGACUGUUCCGCAUGAUUUGUGUUUCAGAGGUCAAUAGUCAUUUACAUGGCUUUUGUAAAAUAACUACAGAAUUUUUUAAGAAUUUGCUUGUAAACUUUAAAAAAAAAGUUUGUUGAUGUUUUCUGGUUAAACUUGUAUAUUGAUGUUGCUCAGGAAUAAGAUGUAAUGUCUUAAUUAUGAAAGUUAAAGAAUAAAAUGUAUUUUUAUUUGAUGUAAAUCUCUUAAAUGUUAAUGUAUAAUAUAUUAAACUAUGAAAAGUAACUUUCAGGUGGCUAAUGAUCAGGCAUGCACUACAGUUGCUUACAUAAUUCCAUGUAAUUCCGUUAGUUAUUUGUAUUGCAUUGGCACCUAUCUAUGCUAGGACCCCAAUCUGUUAGGCGCUGUAUAAACACAGAACAAAAAGAUGGUCCCUGUCCCCAAAGAGCUUACAACCUCAGUAAGAUACUUGCAUGAAAUGGUUAGAAUACUUGAACUUCUGUUAUAAAACGGGCAUUAAGGACUAGAUGCUGAGGGGUUGCCACUCACCAUUGGAGUCAGGUGGAGUUUCCGCUAUUCAGCACUUCCCUAAGCUGCCUAAAAUGUGUUAGCUAGGUCAUAACCCAGUUUUAGGCUAAUACACCAUGUUACACAGUAACUGGCUAGUGGGUUGUGCCUCAGGUGUGCUUAAGGUCAGAUCCUGAAGGGUAAAUUCAGUGGAUAUUGUAGAUGAUCAGGCCCUUUUUAGAAGUGGAAAUGAACCAAGUCCAUUACAUACUUGCCCAACUUGCUUUGAAAUAAAGCUAGUCACGUACCAAAACAACCAAAUGUGUUUGGUACAUAAAUAAUGUGAUCUGGGAUAGGGAGUACAAUAAACCCGAAGGACAAAAAUGCUUAGUGUGAUUCUGCCACACACCUGCAAAGCUGUGACUGGAGCACUCAGGGACCAAGCAGACAGCUGCUCUCUACCUGUAUUGUAACCUCUUUGCAACAAGGAGCACUCAACUCCUCAGCUGGAGAGCUUCUGUUCAGCUACAGGAUAGGUGAGGAGGAGUGAGAGAACCUGUCUUCUGCAAACCCACUCUUGGACAGCUCUACUUGAAUUAUCAGUUUAAAUUUCCAGCAGUUGCUGCAUGUUAUGGUACAGCAAGGCAGCAGGUGAAAUAAACGAGACAAUUAAAAUUGGUUUUUAAAAUGCAUUUGGGUGGGUGAGGUAAUAUUUUUUAUUGGAUCAACUUUUGUUGGAGAGAGAGACAAGCUUUUGAGCUUACACAGAGCUCUUCUUCAUGUCUGGGAAACUAGUGCAGAGUGUCACUGCUAAAUCUGUUCCACCUUGUAUUUACCUGGAGACAGUUAGUUUCCUAGCCCUGAAGAAGAGCUCUGUGGAAACUCAAAAGCUUGUCACUCUCACCAACAGAAGUUGAUCCAGCAGAAGAUGUUCUCUCACCUAGUUUGUCUGUCUACUGUCCUAGGACUGACAAAGCUACAACACACCACUGUGUAUUUUAAAACCAAGAAAUAUGAUCUAAGAAUAGUGUUAUUUUUUACUGCAUUUCUGCUCUGCUUGAGGAGACAUUUCCUUUUAACUUUUGUACUAGCUCUGAUAUGAUGUAACCUGGCUCAAAGAUAAGUGAAUUUAAUCUUUACCUUCAUUUUUCCAGGUAAAGUGAUCAUGUCCCCCUUGUGAGGCGUAGCCUAGGUAUUGAACAAAAAUGCAAAAGAAAGGAGGACUAGAGGUGUGAAAAAGCACCAAGGCUCCACUUGUUUGAAAAAGGGAAAACUUAGUCAUAUCUAGGAAGUAAGGUUAACAAUGGCUGUGGCAUUUGUUCUCAUUUAGCACCCCUUUACAAGCCAAAACUUUACAUAAAUUUCCCCACUUGUAUCUAAAUGACUAAUGUAAGAAUGACUGGCAAGAUUUCUUUAUCAAUGAUUUAACAGCCACUCUCUGGGUUGGCUCAGGCAGUAGAAAAGAGGGAAGAAAUAAUCCAGGUCCUUUCCACAUAACUGAGUACCAUUUGACAAACAUUUGCCUUGCAUUCAGACUCUGCCACUUUAUGUUGAUUUAACAAACAAACUGGUAUCAAAUUGUGCACACAGAGUACAAGAGCAUGUGGGGCAAAAUGCUGAAGGGUAGCAGGUUACAAAUGGAAUUCGUAGCACACAGUGUACUGGAAGAUCUAGUAAAUAUAAGGAUUCAGAUGUAAAUCCCCUUUCAUUGUAUAGAUUUUUUUUUAAAAUCCAAACAACGCAUAAACAUGAAGCCUUUCAGCCCCACCUCAGUCUUGUGUGACUGCUUACAUAACUUUUCCUGUGACCAUUCAUUCCUGAAGCAUACUUUCUUACAUAAUUAGAGAACUUAAGGUAAUGCCUACUUACAGAUAAUUAGUUAAGGGGUAGAUUCAAAGCCUUUGGAGGUUUAUGGCCCUUACAGAGCAGCUGCUAGUGAACCAAGGCUGCUUGGAGAGGAGAGUAGGUAGGUUUUUCUUUUUCCAGAAUUCUACACCUCUCUCUAUAUUAUACAUGCCCACAGCAAUUCUGUCCCUAUUCCCCAACAGUUCAGACUAGGGUGAUUAUUUGGAAAGACUCAACAACUGCUAAUCUGCAUGAUGCUCUGUUAAUCUGAAAUUUGUUCAAUUACCUGGUGUGCUUCUUAGCACUUAGUCACAGUAGCUGGUGAUAGUUGGAAAAGGAGAUUACGCCACAGCAAAUGCAGAUAUCGUUUGUUUGUCCACUUCCCCUAGCCGUGUUUAUCAAGAGAAAACAUCAGCCAUUUUAUGAAGCAAUUCUCCCUUCCCUUGCCAAAAAUUUAGAACAUCACACAUUGGCUUUACUAGAAGUGGUACCUGACCCCUACCACAUUGUACACUUUCUUCCUUCUGUUGAAUUGCCAUCAUAGUGCAUUAGACAGAUCAAUUCUUACUUAAGCCUGGUCUACACUGGGUGGGGGGGAAGAGGGAGGAGGAAAUCGAUCUAAGAUACGCAACUUCAGCUACGAGAAUAGCGUAGCUGAAGUCAACGCAUCUUAGAUCGACUUACCUCCCGUCCUCACAGUGCGGGAUCGACGGCCGUGGCUCCCCUGUCGACUCUGCUUCCGCCUCUCGCCCUGGUGGAGUUCCGAAGUUGACAGGGAGUGCGUUCAGGGAGCGAUUUAUUGCGUCUAAACAAGACACGAUAAAUCGAUCCCCAAUAGAUCGAUCGUUACCUGCCGAUCCCGCGGGUAAUGUGGAUGUACCCUUAAAUAAGUGCUUACUUCCUCAAAGCAAUUUACAGAGUGAGGGUAAGUAUCAUCUCCAUUUUAUAGACAUGACAACUGAAGCACAAGUGUUACAUGACUUGUGUAAGGAUCUAAAGAGAGUCAAUAAGUCAGGUCUCUGGAUCCAGUCCUAGACCAAACUACUGUUCACAGACAGUACAUUAUACUCCUAGGAUGCUAGUCACAAAGCUUGUUCUCGUGUAGAUCACCAUUCAGAAGGUUUUAUAAUUUUGUUGCAGAUCCCCCCCAUGCUGGAAUUGUGUCCUCAAUUCACAUGUGCCACAUGUAGAAUAUUUUUCUAUAUAACAUACACAAUUUAGGAAUAUUACUCAAAAGUGUCUUACAUGCAGCUACGGGUGGAACUCAAAAGUUCUCCCACCCAAGAAAUAAUGGAGCAAAGAUGGGGAGUUAAUUUUGGAAGCGCAACAUAUUAAAGCCAAAAUAAUGUUUUUUGCAUUUGAACUCUAAAACGGGUGAAGUUCAAAUCAAGGAAAUCAAUAGGCCCAGGGCAGCUUCUGAGCUGGGCAAGCACACACCAAUCCUGUCAGCUCUGCCUCAAGUUUAUAUUAACCAGACAGGCUACAACUGGAAACUCAUCUUUACCGGGGAGCCAGGCUGAGAUGUUGGCACAGCUGUGAAGAGGCUUGUUAACAGCUGCUGAAAGCCCAGGUCAGGGGAAGAUCAUUGGUUUGGGGGGUAGGGGAUGUACAUGUACAUUGUGUUUGCAAAGUUCAUUCUGAUUUUUGGUGGUUUCGUUAAAUUAUUGCUAUUUUCCUUGAGUUUCAUAUAAAACCUGCCCACCCCUCACUUCUGGGGAAGAGCCCCCCGUGACCAUGAAGGUUUUUUAGGGGCUGUCAGGCAAUUUUUUAACAUUCCAAAACCCACGUUGGGGCAGUGGCCACUGUAUUGUAUUUGAAAAUAGGUUUUUAGUUUUGCUUUAACCUAUACACAAGUCAAGUGUAUAACCUGCUCUACACUACAGUUAAGUCUACAGAAGCUGCCUUAUGUUGACCUAAGUCAGUGUACACACCUACAGCCUUGCUUCCGCCGCUGUAAGUGCCCUACACCAACGCAACUCCACUAGAGGCAUAAGUGGAGCCGUGAAAUUGACAAGAAAGCCUGGCUCCCCAGCUGGGCUGACCCCCAGGCUCGCCGCUGGGAGCUCUGCUUCCCCCGGGGUCCCGGCUCCCCCGAGGCUCCCAGCUUGGAGCCCGGCUCCCCCUGCAGGCUCUCGAUUCCUGCUGGAAGCAUGGCAGCCAACUGGACUGUGGGCGCAGAUCUCCCUCCUAGAAGUGAGAAACCCCAGCUGGGAGCAGGAAGGCUCCCGGCAGGGAUCUGCGUGGAGCUGAGAGCACUGGCUCUCAGCCCCCUACACUGCCCCUCUUCCAUUGAUGAAAGUGCUCCUGAUGAGUGCACGUACCACUGACAGAAGGAGGGUAGGGUGGACAUCAGCCACUGCCGUUAUUACUAACUUAGGUUGACUAAAGAUUGUAGCGUGGACAUGCCCUUGGUUUAUUAAAAUCUUAGCAAUGGCAUAAGAAGCACAUUAGAUCACUUGGAAGCAGACUGUUGAUCUCAUUAAGCUCACUUGAAGGCAUCCAAACCUUCAACUUCUAUGUUUUUCUUGCUAUACACCGUUAAUGCUUACUUGAGCCUUUUUGUUGCACAGCUGUAGAUCUGCAACAACAAAGCAGGUUUUAUAGCCAUGCUGGAGUACAAUCUUGUCAACUGCACAUUCAUUAAUCAAAUGUUCAGAUAAAAUUAGUAUGUUUCAAACCCCAUCCAGAGGCAUUCAGCUCACACUGGCUAAGGUUGAAUAUGGAGUGUCCAAAGUGGAGAUUGUACCUAUUAAGCAUUGUCCCUGUUCACAUGACAGACUGGAAACAAUAUAUAAAUACAUACCUGAAAUUCAGAAUGCUAGGGACUAGAAAUUUUCAUUUGGUCCCUUUAGAUAAAAUAAAGAAAUACCACCACUAUGUAAGAAUUUUAUUGUCUGCCUGUAACAAGUAAAAGCACUUUUCUGAUUUGAGAUAAAACCAUUAGAAGUAGUCUACAAGGAGUAUAAAUGGCUUUAAAAAGCAACACAAAGCCCAUAACUAGUUUUACAUUAGCCUAGCCCCUCCCUACAUGGUUCAUAGAAUAAUAUUUUAGCAAGCUACCUGUGCAAACAACUGCCCUCUUUGUUUUAAGGCCUAGUGUUACAAAAAGACAAAUGCCAUCAAAGUGGUUCCCCGAGUAUGGAUUGAGAACAGUCAUUCU